CCUGAAGCCACUGAACCUUUGGAGUUUGAUAUGAUGAUUAGAACAUAACCACCGUGACACGUUGAAUUCUCCAUAAUCAAGGAACAUUUUCUGGGUGGGGAUCUCUGCAAUUGCUCAGUGAGCAACCCUAAUUACCCUGAUUUUUUGCUGAUAAUCAUUCUCAAUGGAAUCAAAUCACAAAUCCGGGGAUGGAUUGAGCGGCACCCAGAAGGAAGCAGCCCUCCGCGCACUGGUCCAGCGCACGGGAUAUAGCUUGGUCCAGGAAAACGGGCAGAGAAAAUAUGGUGGCCCUCCACCUGGUUGGGAGGCUGCACCACCAGAGAGAGGCUGUGAAAUUUUUAUUGGAAAACUUCCCCGGGACCUUUUUGAAGAUGAACUUAUACCAUUAUGUGAAAAAAUUGGUAAAAUUUAUGAAAUGAGGAUGAUGAUGGAUUUUAAUGGCAACAACAGAGGAUAUGCAUUUGUAACUUUCUCAAAUAAACUGGAAGCCAAGAAUGCAAUCAAGCAACUUAAUAAUUAUGAAAUCAGAAAUGGGCGUCUCUUAGGGGUCUGUGCUAGUGUGGACAACUGCCGAUUGUUUGUUGGGGGAAUCCCGAAAACUAAAAAGAGAGAAGAAAUCUUAUCAGAGAUGAAAAAGGUCACAGAAGGAGUUGUGGAUGUCAUCGUCUACCCAAGUGCUGCGGACAAAACCAAAAACCGGGGCUUUGCCUUCGUGGAGUAUGAGAGUCACCGCGCAGCUGCCAUGGCCAGGAGGAAACUGCUACCAGGAAGAAUUCAGUUAUGGGGACAUCCAAUUGCAGUGGACUGGGCAGAGCCAGAAGUAGAAGUUGAUGAAGACACAAUGUCUUCAGUGAAAAUCUUAUAUGUAAGAAACCUUAUGCUGUCUACCUCUGAAGAGAUAAUUGAAAAAGAAUUCAACAAUAUUAAACCAGGUGCUGUGGAAAGAGUGAAAAAAAUACGGGACUAUGCCUUUGUGCAUUUCAGUAAUCGAGAAGAUGCAGUUGAGGCUAUGAAAGCAUUAAACGGGAAGGUGUUGGAUGGUUCCCCCAUUGAAGUGACCCUGGCCAAACCAGUGGACAAGGACAGUUACGUUAGGUACACCCGAGGCACAGGUGGAAGAGGAACUAUGCUGCCAGGAGAAUAUACGUACUCUUUGGGUCACAUUUAUGAUCCCACCACAACCUACCUUGGAGCUCCUGUCUUCUAUGCUCCCCAAGCCUAUGCAGCGAUUCCUAGUCUACAUUUCCCAGCCACUAAAGGUCACCUGAGCAACAGGGCCAUUAUCAGAGCCCCUUCUGUCAGAGAAAUUUACAUGAAUGUACCUGUAGGGGCUGCGGGGGUGAGAGGACUGGGCGGCCGUGGUUAUUUGGCAUACACAGGCCUGGGUCGUGGAUACCAGGUCAAAGGAGACAAGAGAGAAGACAAACUCUAUGACAUUUUACCUGGGAUGGAGCUCACUCCAAUGAAUCCUGUCACUUUAAAACCCCAAGGAAUUAAACUUGCUCCACAGAUAUUAGAAGAAGUUUGUCAGAAAAAUAACUGGGGACAGCCAGUGUACCAGCUACAUUCUGCUAUUGGACAAGACCAAAGACAAUUAUUCUUAUACAAAAUAACUAUUCCUGCUCUGGCCAGCCAGAAUCCUGCAAUCCACCCUUUUACACCUCCAAAACUGAGUGCCUAUGUGGAUGAAGCAAAGACAUACGCAGCUGAAUACACCCUGCAGACUCUGGGUAUCCCCAUAGAUGGAGGGGAUCCUGGGGCUGCGGCCACUGCUGCCACCUCAGCUAUAUUCCCAGGAUAUGCUGUUCCCAGUGCAACUGCACCUGUCUCAGCAGCUCAGCUCAAGCAAGCAGUGACCCUUGGACAAGAUUUGGCAGCGUACGCAGCCUAUGAGGUCUACCCCACUUUUGCAGUGACUGCCCGAGGGGAUGGAUAUGGACCAUUCUGAAGAUGCCUCUCUUUUAAUUUAGGGAUAAGAUACACAAAACUCUAUUAUAGAAGAAAUAAACCUCUCAGUCCCCUAAUGACACAAACUAUAUCUUCUCUAAAGCAGUGCCUUUCCUGAGACUAUAUAGCUUACACCAUGUAGAGUCAUGAAAUGUGAGUGUUAUUUCUCAGUGAAAUCAAAUGUUAAAGGAUUCUUUCAUUUAACAGAAAGCUGAAGAGCCAUUGGCCCCAAAACUUGUUCUUCCAAGAUUCCUGAGUGUCCUGAGAGUAUGUUUACAGUCCCUGACAGCAGGGAGAGAGCUCUCAGCAGGCAAUAGCUGGAGCUCUGCAAACGUGGGCCAGAGCCAGUUAAACUCCAGAGUCUCAGCCUUUGCUCAUGGCUGUUAUGUGGUACACAAAGCCCAGAAGAGGCAAAAGCAAAGUGGGAAGAUGCUUUGCAAAAUCCUUCACUGUGUGAGGUAUUUUCUCAUGCUUACUCAUGACAACUGUUCAAGAUUAUAUGGAUUCAAGGUCACUUCAGCCUAAAAAUUUCACCAAAUUUGUUAUAGGUCAGGGUCUUCCUAGCCAACCCACUCCCUGAAGUUUCCUAGGAAUUGAUAUCUAUUGCAGAUACGACUGAAACAAUUCCAGAAUCCUUGUUUAUCCAACUGAGUCACCCAUAUCUAUUUUUACCCAGAACUCCUAUGUGCCCUACAAUACCCACAACACAAAAACAAUGCCAAUAUGAAAUAACUUUUUGUCAUUUUCAAGAUUUUGAAUUGUCCAUACUAAUUUCCUUUCAUCUCAGAUUCAUUUUGUUUGUCUCUAAUGUCAUAAAGUAAAUCAGACCUACAGAAUAACAUAUAUGGGUACUUUUUCCUAUUCAGCAAUUUGGCUGAAAAUUCAUUUCAAAGAUGCAAGUGAAGUUGGGUUUUCAUUUCUUGUUUUGUUUUGUUUUUCCUGACAUGCUGAAACAUAAACCAGGGUCUUCACAUACUACAUAGGCACCCUACCACUGAAUUGUAUCUAUAAGCCUGUAUUCAUUACUUUGAUUUCUUUGUAGUACCCAGAUUACCAUCUAGCAUUCAAAGGUAGUUAUACUAACUUGAGGUUGGUCUUGAACAGUCUCACCCAUUUAUAUAAUUAAAUUUGCCAAGAAGUCCUUUACCUUGCCUUACUUUAAUUUUUAAUAGGUAUAGGCAGCUUUAUUAUACCUAACAAAUUUGUCUGGAAAACAUCACAGGAAUAUCUUGCAUCCAUCACUUGUGAUUAAAAACCAUUCCUCUAUGUAAGGUGUUGUUUGCCAAAGUCCUCUAAAGUUUAGGAACUCUUCCCCAAGAAAAGAGAUAGAACAGAGAAAAAUGCCACAGUUUAAGAAUGGGGUUAGAAGGGGCUGGGGAUUUAGCUCAGCGUCUUAAGCACCUGCCUUGCAAGCAGGCAGUUGUGAGUUCGAUCCCUGAUACCGAUAAAAAGGAAAAAGACAAAAAAAAAAAAAAAAAGAAUGGGUUUAAAAAGGAGGGACUACUUUCCUGCCAUGCUUAAAAGCAAUCGCUUUGUUCAAGAUAAAAGAAACCAAAGUUCAAUACCAACAUCCAUUGCUACCAUUCCAGACCCAGUGGUUUCAGACAUAAAACACCAUAAUUUCAAUUUUUUAAAAUCCUGGCUUUUGUGAAAUUCUACAGAAUUCAAGAGAAAAUAUAAACAUACAAACAGCAGAAAAUUUUGUCACCUCCUUAAUAGAAUUCUGUGAUCCAAAAUCAAGCCAGAUUACAGUCAAAGUCAGGUAAACUUCAAUCACAGUGAGAAGUCCGUGUUUCAUUUCUCUUAAAUCCAAUCCGACAUACCACCUUCAAAGUUGAAAUUCUAAAAGACUCUGUGCUUUCUGGUUCACAUUUACCUCUUCAUCGUCCCAAAGUCCAGAGUUUCCAAACUUGGCUGCCUAUUUGAAACACCCAGAGAGCUUAUGAAUACACUAAUGCCAAGAUUACAGAGUACCAGUUACGUCAGAUUCUAGAAUGGGAGCUUGUCACUAGCAUUUUUAUGAAAUUCUUCAGUGAUUUCAGUGUGCAUCUAUGUCUGGGAACUUCUUUAAUUUUCCUCUCUAUCUUCCUUACAUUUUCUUUCAAUUUUACUUUCAUUAAAUAGACAACUGCAAGAAAAACACACCUAAGUUAAAACAAACAACUUAUAACCUAUCAUGAGCCAGAUCAUUCACCUACUAAAUAUUGUGAAUGUGAAUAUAAUUUAUUUUGAUUUCAAACUCCUAAGUCCAAUUCUAAAAAUCAGAGAAUAAAGUCCUUCUAAACCAAUUCUUAUAUUCAAAUUUAUACCACCCAGAGACAGAGUUUUAUUCUCAAAGAGAAUAAUUACAUUGCCACUGAAAGUGGCCUUUGGGGAAGGCAAAGUUCUACUUAAUCUAAAGAACGUUUCAAAUUCCAAGAAUGGAAGGUUUAUUGGCCCCUUUCUAUUUUUGUUUUCUGAGGCAGGGUCUUAUUACACAGCCCUGGCUGGGCUCAGACUUACUAUGUACCCCAGGCUGGUCUUAAAGUGGAGCUCUUCCUGCCUCAGUCUCAAGAGUGUAGGGAUUAGAGAUGUACAUCAUGACACCCAAUAAGAGCAGAGGUUUUGAUUUCCCUUAGAGUUUUUAAAACAAAUAACAAAGGGUAGUAUUCAUGUUUAGUCAGUAUGAAACAGAAGGACUAAUCCAGAGAAUUUUUAAAUUUUUCAAAAUAAAAUAGAUUAGUCAAUCCAGAAAUAGCAUGAGAAAAAGUAUUCUGGCUAAGAUCAUCAUUAUUUUUUUUAAAAAUUAAGAGUUGAGAUCUGAAUAUAAAAAUGCUAAAAAUAUCAAGAUAAUUACCCCUAGAUAAACAAAAGAAAGAAACAAAGGAAGGAAGGAAGGAAGGAAGGAAGGAAGGAAGGAAGAAAAUCAUCUUCAGAACUCCAUAUCAUUACUUUAGGGAAAACAUAAUUCAUGACAUUGACCUCCUUAGGAUUGAUUUUUGUACAAAUGAGUAGAUGUGGCUUUGUUUUUUGCUGACAUUUUACUUAGUUUUUGGUGAUAUCUAGAGAUUUUAGAUUCUAUUGGAAUAUAUUAAUGAAAAGUACCAAUGUGUCUACUAUGUAAAUGUGUUUGUUUACUUUCCCUAAGUAUAGAAAUAUAGACCAAGUCCUGCUAUCAUGUGUUUGAAGUUAUGAAACUUUUAAAAAUGAAGUACAGAAGCAAAAAUUAAUUUUGCAAAAUGUUUAUAUUUUUAGAAUUAAGAAAUUAGUACCUAUUCAAUACCUUCAUACUUUCUUCUCUUUUCUUACUUGACUACUUUGUAUUUCUUCAUUUAAAAAAUUAAUUGGGCAACCAAGUGAAAACAACAAAAUACCCAAACCAGUAAUUUAGAAACAGCUAUUAAAACAGAAUUAGGUUAGUAAGUUUUGGCUGUUAGCAGUUUAUUGAUGACUAAAAAUAGCCCAGUGCUAUUUAAACAGGAGCAGAUGAAACAGCAGUGACAUUUUGUGUUUCUUUCUUGCCUAUAAAAGUUGCUGGUUCUUUUCAAAUCACUGUACUUCUGUCUUACCUCCUUAAUAUAUCAAAGAGACCAACAAAAAUAAAACUCCACUGUAACAAAUUAAAUUCUCCUAGGUGCCAAACCUCACUGUAUUUGGUUAACAGCAUCUAAAAUGCUACUAGAAAACUACUUCAUAUUUAGAAAAUAUCUCCCAAAAGAAGAGAUAUUUCCAAAUCAUGGUCCCUAAAUUUUUAAAGGUUAGAUAAAAAUCAAACUAUAGAAAUGUAUUGAGAAUAGCUAUGUACAAUACUAGGCUUUGUUUCACAUAAAUUUUUUUAAAAUUCUACCAAUUACACAAAUUAGCAAAAUACCCUAUAAAUAUAAUUUUGAACUUACAUUAAUCUUCAGUAUAUUUUAUGACUCUACAAUUAUGUCUCAGACAACUGGGUCAGGAUUACAAUCCACAUAGACAGGAAGACUGUUCAGGGUACCGUUUGUAGAAUAAAAGCCAAAAAAAUUUAAUAUCUGGGGUAAAUUUUCUUUGUAUUUAAAGUUAUAAAGUUUGACAAAAUUUACUGUGAUUGAGCAGCAGUAGCCCUAUAAGAUUUCUUAAAGAUAAUUUAUUCACAAGAAGUAAAUAAUGUAUCAGUAUUCAUAUAAGGUCAGAUCAUUUAUACUCUCCUAGAAUUCAUAUACAAGUACUUAAGGUAGGUGAAAACAUAUCUACAAUGUAGGGACUUGGCAUUUUUAUAUUUUAUAAACACUCUUUUACUUACUGUAAACACAACUGUUAAAGAUAAAAUGAAGUUUAAGUUAUAACAGAAUAAAAACCUUGUUGUAAAGGCUUUAAAAAUAUUAAUAUUAUAACAAAAAUUUUAUAGUGGAGACAGAAACUAGGCAUUAAAUAUUCCUACCUGACAUACAUUCAUUAUCAGCUGAGUUAUGGUAAACUAAUUCUUAAAUCUGAUGUUAAAAUUUUACUUCAUUUUAGUAACAUCUUGAAAAUGAACUGAGUUUUACUAGCUCAUAGUCAUAGCAAGUAUCAUGUAUCCAGCAGGCUGUGUGUUUGCAUUUGAGAACAGCAUGAGAACAAAGCAACGCAAAUCAUGAUCAAGGAGAGAAAAAUUAGAAAAAUAAAAAUCCUUUCUCAGCCCCAGGCCCUAUAGGUUUACUCAAGGAGUAAAUCCUUAAUUUUUAUUAUAUGAAAAAUAUGUACAGAAUAUUCUAUUGCCCCCAAAUGGCCAAUGUGUUAAAAACUAGUCCUUUUUUCUUUCCGUGGUAUACCAAAAUUAAGAAGCACAGGUCUAGGAUAGAGAGCAACGUGUAUGCUGAACAUAAACUCGUUUGGGGAAAUUGCAAACUUUAUGCAAACAGUUCUCAUUUUAUAGGGAAGAGUUUUCUAAGACCUUAUGUCCCACUUGAAAAUGAAAAGAAAUUAAUAACCAGUCUAGAUUGUAAAAAAGGAAAAAAUUGGCCUCUCUUCAUGUAUGCUACUAGAUCUAAUGAAAGGAAAGAGACCAAAAAACAGUAGUUGAAAAAAACUAAUCUGCACACAAGAACUUUUUUGUUCUUGACUAAAAAAUGUCAGCCCCACCAAGGGUUUAGCAACAGCUUUCUGAGUUGACAGUACAUUCUGCUUUGCCAAUGCAGUCCUGGAUUAUGGCUAUUGUCCUGCUAUAGAUAUUAACAAUGCCCCUCGCGCUCCCCAAUGCCUCAAAGGUUAGACAACAUAUUUUAGAGUGACCUCUCUCGUUUUUAUUUUUGUUUACUUUUGUUUAGGGUUAUAGAAUUGCAGCAUUCUUUUCUUCAGAACCAACACAUGUUUAAGGGUCGUAGUGAACGGAAAGGAAUGCAUUGUCUUCCCCACCAAGUCACCCUCAAUCAAUUCCUGAGCUUUCUCCAGUCUGUUUCUGGUCCUAAUUUUCUUCUCAUUCACUCUGGACUGGAAGGCCUGAGUUCCACCUUCAUGUGGCAAAUCUUAUAGCCGUUAGGCCAGUUUAAGCGAGGGAUGGAAAGCAGGAUGGCUCCUGGGGACAUCUACAUGACCUAUGCAGAUCAAGCCUUAGUAGAUGUUAGCAUUAGCUGGUUCCACCUUUCCUUGAACCAAGCUACUUACACCCAAAAUCUGAAAGAGCUUCCUAUGUCAAUUCCUACUUUAAAAAACAUUUUCUUUUUCAUUUGUUUCACUCUUGUGCGCAGCAAUAAUUUCCUUGUGUUUAAUUUCAGUUAAUGUUGCUCACGAACUGUUCUUCACAAAAACUCUUCAUAUCGUCUUAUUCACAGCAUUCAUGAUUUUUAAUGGGAAAAAUUUGAGGGGAGAUUUUUACUCUUCCUUUAUUUGCUUUCCCAAUAUUGAGAAUUAAGCAAAACUUAAAAGCUCUGUUGUUAUUAACCCAUCAACCUAUUUUUUAUAUAAUGUGUGAUCAGUCUGAGUUUACUAUAUAUCUCCUCUUACGCUAGAAACCGUGAAAACAAAUAUAUUUCUUACUUCUGUCUUCAGUGAGCACAGUUCAGCGAUCCAUUCUCAAUUUUUCAAAGCUGAACAUAAUUGCUUCAGCUAGCAGUUUUGCCGCUUGGUCGCAGUUCCAAAAUAAAUCAAACAUUACAUUUCUUCUAUUGGCUGAGGAUUUAGUUCAGCAGCGUAAGUGCCUACCUGGCAAGCGUGAGGUCAUGAGUUCAAUCCCCGGUACCAAAAAAAAAAAAAAAAGAAUAAAUAAAAUAAGUUUCCUCCAUACUGCCAAUGAGUUGGUACAGUCCUUUUUAAAGAUAAAUUUAAUACAUGUUCCAUUAUUACUACUUAAGUAAAACAAAUUUUCAAGUAUUUUCCCCCAGAGAUAUAUAGAAACAGAAAACAAAGGUUUAGAAAGUCAGAAAAAGGUUUACAAUAUGGAACUGACAAAUUCACAUAUUGAUUCAUGAUGUAAUGAGUUAGAACCAUGCUUCCUAUUUACUUGAAGAGAAGUUGGCCAUUAGUUAUACUGUUUGCUAAAUAUGCUUUUGUUUAUAAAAUUUGAAAAUCUGUUUAACAAGUGUUAACUGUGUUUGUACAUUUUGAUUUACCUUGGAGUAAACAUACAUUUUUUUAACAAAUGUAUAAUUUCACUUUGAAAUAUGUUGUUUUCUGUUAUAACUUGUAAAAGGUCUCUGAGCUCCCAAAUUGUAGGUGUAUCACUUAUAUCAAUCAUAAUUAUUGUUGGUUUAAAUAUUCAAUGUAAUUAUUGGUAUUUCUAUUUCUAUUUCUUCAUAGAACUCUCUUUUGUUUUCUAUUUUUUUAACUAUAAAAUAGCCAGAUAUUGUUAUCCCUUAUCUCAUAAUGAAAGCUGUCAGUGAAAUUCAUUUCCAAUUUCCAGGUGUUAACAACCUCUUGUUGUUUUUCCACUUGUUAUUUUUAUUUAUGUGAUAUUUGCUAAGGUACUAAAAGAAAGGAAGAAAAACAGUAUUAAAUAGUGCACACGAAGCACUUAUUUUUGUACUUUAAGUACAGUAUUUUAUAAAACACUAACUGUAGCUAUUUUAAGUAAAAUUAUACCGUCCAUUUAUUGGGAAAAUACUAGUUUGAAUUAUAAAUAUGUUGGGCACCUCAGAAUCAUAAAUCACAUGAAAUAAGAAACAAUGCAAUCUUGUGUAAUUCCAGGAUGGGGAAAUGAUUUUAAUAGAAUUUUCUAGUACCAUUAAACAGUUUUUAAAAUUA